AUGUUUAUGGCAGUGAAGUUCAUCGACUACCCUGCCCUCGGUCUGGCCGAUCCAUGCGUGGAUUUUUUCGAAUUCACUUGCGGGAAUUGGAUUAAAGCGCACCCGAUCCCUAACCAUAAAACCAGCUACUCACAGUUUGGGAAGCUUUCUGAUAAGGUUCAAGAGCAAAUGAGAGAUGCAUUCGAGUCGUCAGAGCUGUUCGCCUCAAAAUCCAUGAAUGCGCUGAAAUAUAUGUAUCGAAAAUGUAUGGACAAGAAGGAACUGAAUAAGAUCGGCUCUAAACGGCUACUGUCAACCAUUAGGGGCUAUGGAGUAUGGCCGAUGAUCGAAGGCGAUGACAAAUUUCGGGUAGAAGACUUUGAUCUAACGUCGCUGAUGAUACAUGUUACUGAAGUCAGAGGAUUGGACGUCUUUGUGGCUAACUAUGUCACUCUUGACAACAAAAACGUCUCGAGGAGACUCAUCGAGAUUCCUAAGUAUGUUACGUUCCUUGGCCCUUAUGCAGUCUAUAAUUACCCUGGGGAUGAUGAGGCGGUAAAGUCGUAUCAGGGUUUGCAGUAUUUGGAUUUCCCAAAGACGCCUCACUUUGAUCAAGCAGAUCUUGGUCUGGGAGAGUCGACGCGUGAUUAUUACUUGGAUCGAGUCAAGCAUGGCAAAAAGAUCGAAGCCUACAGACAUUGGUACAGUUGUGCAAGGAANAACAACGAUGAGAAAAUCGCGAAAGACGUGGACGAGAUCAUCGACUUUGAAACCAAAAUAGCAAAAAUUAUGGUGGCAGAGGAAGAUCGGCGAGACUACUCUAAAAUGUACAAUCUUCGGCGUCUUAGCGAUUUGCAAAAGCUCAUGCCUAUGGUUGAUUGGAUGCGAUACUUUCAUUCCACUGCACCUUACUCUGUUCAUGAGUAUUUUGCAACCGAUCCACCUAUCCUUAUUGUAGAGAUUGACUAUAUGAGAAGGAUCACCGAACUGCUGCAAUUAACGGACCCUCGGAUUAUCACCAAUUACAUAUUUAUUCGAUUCACUUCCUCAUGGAGCGGAGAACUUGGAGAGCGAUUUGACGAUGUCUCCCAGGAGUUCCACCGCUUGAUGUAUGGGAGAAAGCAGAAAGCUCCCACAUGGAAGGAAUGCACGUCUUCCACAAUGCACAGAAUGCAAUAUGCUACUGGAGCCAUCUACGUUAGCAAAGUGUAUGACAAGGCUUCGAAAAAUGUAACGCUGGAUAUGGUGAAUGAUUUGAAUGAAGCGUUUAAUGAAAUGCUUGUCGAGAACGAUUGGAUGGACAAAUCUACGAAAAAGACCGCUUUUGAAAAAGCAAAGGAGAUGCUAAGACAGAUCGCUUAUCCGGAUUUUAUUCUUGACAGCAAGAAGCUGGAUAACCAUUACGAAGGCUUUUCCGUGGACGAAACCGACUCAUACAGUCAAAUGAUAGAAAAGCUAUCACGGUGGAACAUCGAAUUUGGCUUCAAACGUCUCACCAAACCCGUUGACCGAACUGAAUUCAAUUUCAAUCCCGCAGUCGUCAAUGCCUAUUACUCGUCCAAUUUCAAUUCGAUAACUACGGAGAUUUUUAGAGCGCUGAAUUAUGGUGGCAUCGGAGCUGUGAUUGGGCACGAAAUCACUCAUGGAUUUGAUGAUCAAGGUCAGCAAUUCGAUGCUAUUGGUAACCUCCGCGACUGGUGGGAUGCAGAUGUCAAGAAGAAAUUUGUAGAGCGGGCCCAAUGUAUCAUCGACCAAUAUGGAAAGAUCGAGGUGCCAGGCACUGGCCUAAAAGUGAAUGGCAAGCUCACUCAAGGGGAGAACAUCGCUGACAAUGGAGGAGUGAAGCAGGCGUGGAGAGCCUACAAAAAAUAUCUGAAGAAGCACGGAGAAGAAAAACGCAUUGAAGGCUUAGAACAAUACAACAACGAGCAGAUGUUCUUCAUGGGAUAUGCAACUACAUGGUGUGGUCAUUCAACCAAAGAUGCACUUAUAAACCUCAUUCUUACUGAUCCUCACUCGCCACAACACUAUCGGGUUAAUCAGGUGCUCGCCAAUCAGCCAGAGUUUGCUGCAGCGUUCAAGUGUGCGGUUGGCACUCCGAUGAAUCCUACAGAACGUUGUGCUGUUUGGUAA